AUGAAAGUCAUACUUAAAGAUUUUUUAGCCUAACCAAAAUCAUUGUCUAGCACUUUGCAUCGACUUUGGAAUAUAGGAAUAGCUACCCAUAGCAAAAACCAAUAAAUGAAUGAAUGAAGAAAAUAUAUCAUAUGAAUAAAUCAUGUUUGUAUUUUUGGAUAAUACAUGUAUGAGAAAUACAAAAGAAAAAUAACUGUUAUGGAAUUUCAAAGUUGUAAGUCAGCUCAUAGUGUUUGUGAGACUUUCUUAACAAAACAAAAAAAAAAAUAGAGGCUAGAUCCAUGUGUGUUAACAAGUGUAUGAUUUCUUUAUGUAUGUGUUUAUUUUUUUAGUAUAAUUCACCAAAACGAGCGUCCCACUAUAAACACCAGAUUUUUUUUUCUUUUUGCUAGUUCAUGAUAGAAAACGAUAUGUUUAUAAAAAGUACGGUACUUACAUCCUAAAAAAUAACCGUUAUAUCUAUGAUGCAAUAUGAUCCAUUGAAAAUAAGAGAGGCUUAAAAAUGAAGACAGACCCAAACAAAUAUAUUUUAUGCUUUUCUAAAAUAAAAUUCUGUAAUGUUUCAUGCUCAAAUGGAGAAAUCCAAUGAAACACGCAAACUAAAUUAUUUUACAAUAUAAAAAGAUGAUCCUGUUGACAUUAAUCGUAUUUAAAUAACAUAUAGCUACGUUGAUUUUUUCAAAAGCAUAUUAUAUAUACUAUUUAAAUAUGAUAUAAAAAUAAUAAAUGUUCGCUACAAAAUAUUAGUGUUCUUUCUUUUUGAAUUAUAUCAUUUUUACCGGAAGCGGGAAGUUUACCAAGAGCGCUUCAAAGUUUUGGUGUUUCUCCAUUGCCGGCGAUGCGUUGCAUUUGCUUCAAACCAUGGCGUCGUUCGCCAUCUCCCUCGGUUAAAUCCACCGUCGUCGACGAACUUGAUAAUAGUAACAAAGACCGCGAGGGAAGCUCUUGUCCGAGAUUCCGGGAAUUCACUUUGGAAGAGUUGAAUGUCGCUACUGACGGAUUCUCCGCCGACAACAUCGUGUCGGAACACAACGAGAAGGUUCCUAACAUCGUCUACGAAGGGACGCUUGACGAUGGAAAAAAGAUUGCCGUAAAGCGGUUUCAGAAGCUGUCAUGGCCUGACGCCUCCGAGUUCGUCGAAGAAGCACAAGAAGUGGGAAAGUGUAGGAGUGAGGAUAUGGUCAGUUUGAUAGGGUGUUGCUCAGAGGGUCAAGAGAGGCUUCUCGUUGCUGAUUACAUGCCCAAUGGAACACUUGCAAAGCAUCUAUUCCACUGGGAGAAACGACCAAUGAAAUGGAAAAUGAGGUUGAAGGUUGCGUUACAUACAGCGAAAGCCUUGGAGUAUUGUAAUGAUAUGGGACUGGAUUUGUACCAUGAUCUCAACACCUACAGAAUAUUGUUCGAUAAGGUUGGUAACCCUAGGCUGUCAUGUUUCGGUCUCAUGAAGUGUAUCAGAGAGGGGAAGAGCUACAGUACAAACUUGGUAUUUGCUCCUCCUGAAUAUUUGCGUCUAGGUACUCUGGUACCGGAGAGUAGCAUAUUCAGCUUUGGGACCUUGUUACUGGAUCUUAUGAGUGGCAAACAUAUUCCACCAAAUCAUGCACUUGAUCUCUUCCGUGGCAAAAACUACUUGGUGCUAAUGGAUUCUGCUCUAGACGGUCAGUUCUCUGAUGAAGACAGGGCAGAACUAAUCCACCUUGCAUCCCGCUGUUUUCGGCGUGAACCAGACGAGAGACCAAGCAUAAAGUUUCUUAUGUCUGCUCUUUCAAGACUUGAGAAACGAGCUGAGUUAUGGCCAAAACUCAAAGAAGAAAACAUCCCUGAUCCAUCAUACACUAAACCUGCAACAAAUCAGCCAUUGCGCUUGACCCCUCUUGGAGAAGCAUGCUCAAGAGUGGAUCUAAGUGGCAUACACGAACUUCUCGAGAAACUUGGAUAUGGAGAGGACGAUGUGUCAGUCACAAAUGAGUUCUCAUUCCAAAUGUGGACGGGUGAUCUGCAAGAGAAUACUGAUUACAAAAAGCAUGGAGAUGCUGCAUUUCGUGCUAAGGAUUUUGAGACUGCUAUUGAAUUCUACACAGAGUUCAUGAGCGGAGCACCAGUGGUAUCACCAACAGUAUUAAUCAGACGGUGUCUAUGUUACCUAAUGAGCGAUAUGUUCAGUGAGGCUCUAAGCGAGGCGAUGCAAGCUCAGGUUGUGUCGCCAGAGUGUUCAACCGCUCUCUACUUACAAGCGGCUUGUCUCUUAAAGCUUGGGAUGGAAGCAAAAGCUAAAGAAGCACUACAACAGGGCUCUGCUCUCGAAGCUGUUUAGAGUUACAACGACAACAAAACCAAGAAUUGUACAGCUUCUUCUUCCUCUCCACACGUAUUUAGAGAUGUCAAUACACGCAAAGCAUAUAUAAUUGUUUGCUUCUUUACCUAUGUUUGAGAGAAUCUUGAUGUUACCUUCAAAUUUGUGUGCUAAAACCUGGUCUUAAAUGGAUUAUGGAUUUUUUUUUC